AUGCUUACCUUAUCCGGGCUUUGGGCCCUCUGGCAGCAGUUCUACCCACCAGCCCCCACAUUCACGGAAAAGGACGUCGGUCCCGGUAGUCAAGUCGGCAGGGUCUUUAUCAUCACCGGCGCUAAUUCAGGUACCGUUCCUAACCAGCUCCGUAUCGGCUUUGCUCUCGUGAAGCUCCUCUAUCCUACUGGCGCCACCAUUUACCUUGCAGGACGUUCGCCCGCAAAAAUCCAAGCUGCUAUAGCCGAAGUUAGCUCAGUCUUGCCCCCUCCUACAACACCGUCGAAUCUCAAACCCUUACUCCUCGAUCUUUCCGAUCUGAAAACGGUCAAACCAGCAGCGGAGUUGUUCGCUGCGCAAGAGACGCGCCUGGAUAUCCUGUGGAAUAACGCUGGCAAUGGAUGCCCACCGGGGAGUGUAACGAAGCAGGGCCUCGAGGCGCACAUAGGUGCGAACUGCGUUGCUCCGCUACUCUUCACGCAGGAACUCCUACCGAUGCUCCGCGCAGCAGCACAGACGGCCACUCCGAGCAGCGUACGGAUCGUAUGGUCGGGCUCAAUACAGAUCGACAUGUCGGCACCUCAGAAUGGUGUCGAUUUCACACGCAUCGAGAAACCCACUACAGUUACGUACGAGGAUUACGGCGCAUCUAAGGCAGGCAACUGGUUCUUCGCAGUUGAAGGCGCUCGCCGCUGGGGUCGAUACGGCAUUGUUAGUGUCUGUCAGAACCCCGGGAACUUGUAUACGGGCAUCUAUGCAAAUGAAAACCGGCUGUUUGUCGCGUUUUUGAAGAGAUUUGUAUUAUACGAGGCUAAGUAUGGCGCUUAUACCAUGCUGUAUUCUGGGUUGUCUCCUGAGGUGAGCCAAGAUACUAACGGUGCGUAUAUCUGGCCAUGGGGUCGAAUCCAGCCAAUUGCGCGGCCUGAUGUCUUGAAUGCAGCGUCAGAAGGCAAAGCCGCUGAAUUGUGGGAGUGGUGCGAAACGCAAUGGAAGCAACAUGUUUGA